UCCCAGGUCCGCGUGAUGCGGUUUAUUGUGGCAACAGUUCCCGGCAACUGCCGAGCGCCUCCAGCCCUGGCUCUCGGUGUGCAGGGGCGGGGGUGCAGGGCGAAGGGCGCAGGGGUGGGGUGUGGGGCGCUGGGGUGGGACACAGGGGCGCAGCAGGGAGCACCCCUCGGGGCGCACAGCGGGUCCGGGCGGAGGGAAAGCGCGCGGCGCGCGGCAUGGGCUGCGGACCUUCCCAGACUGCUGAGGACCAGAGACGCGUGCCGGCGCCCAGGAAGGGCUGGGAAGAGGGAUUUAAGGCUGAUGUCAGAGGGAUUCAUUCCAGGGAGGACGGCAGGCCCCAGAAGGAAGCUGUGGUACCCGAGGACACUGGGAGCAGCCCCGACAGCCUGGAAAAACAGGCUCCGUUGGGAAGCUUACCUGGCACCAUACCAGAAACCUCCCCAGCUCUUAGUGAAAGAAACAGAAGAAUAAAUUCAGACCUAGUGAUGGAUGGAUUAAUCCAUAAACCCCAACCCCUAAAGACCCAAGAGCGACAGAAGUCAUCGGAUAUUCUGGAGGAAUUAAUUGUCCAAGGAAUAAUACAGAGCCACAGCAAAGUAUUUAAAAAUGGAGAAUCCUAUGAUGUCAUGGUGAACACGACACCACUGAGAAAGCCACCGGCCAGGCUAAAGAAGCUUAAGAUCAAACAGGAAGCAAAGGCUUUCACAAUGAAUGACCUGGACGAGAAGAUGCGGGCAGUGGAGAGGCACAGGAAGACUAAAGAAGAAGACAUAAGAAAAAGGCUAAGGAGUGACCGACUUCUGCCCCCGGCCAGUCACCCGGGGGCCACGGAACCCGGUGGGGCUGAGGUUCCCUUUGCCAAAGGACCCCACCAGGCGACUUCUGGCCUCUUGGAGCCAGCGCACCUGCAGGGAGCAGAGCCCUUGAAGAGGAAGAACAGCAAUGCAGCCUCCAGUGGAAGGAACUUCAGUUGUGAAAGCCUCGGGGUGGUGGAGUCAGACCGGUCCUACAACCAAGCAGAUGAUGCCUUUGAAUGAAGCCAUCUUCCGUGAAGUGCGUGAAAAGGCAGAAUUCCCCCCAGCUGGGACCAUCCUCCUCGGUGGCUGUGUGCUUUCUGGCGGCCUGACCUCACCCCGCUGGGACGCGCCGUGGGUGGAGGAAUGGUUGUGUAACCUGCAGGGGCUGAGCCCAGCGGAGGAAAUGAAAUGCCGACGCUAGCAAAAGGGAAAAAACCGAGACGAUCUGACUAGCUUCCAUAUGACGCGGUUGGCAUCCUCCUCCAGUGUGGCUUCGAGCGUCGUGAAGACGUCUUGAUGAAUACUUUCCAGCCUACAUCACCCUGCCUGUGCCAGAUGAAACCCUUCUCUUUGGCUCCGGGUCCUUGGCUAUGCCCGUCCUCUGAGGGUCCCUUCAGACCAAAUGCGUGGAUGUGUAUUCUGUAUUUUCAUGAUCUGUAGGCUUCUUAUCGGUAGAGUUUAGUUAUUUUUUUUUUUUAACUCUCUUUGUGUGGUGAGGGAUUAAAGCCGUAUCUUGAAGCUGGUUGAUUAAUAGUUUCAUGCGUAUUAGCUUAAGCUAGCAAUAUCCAAUUCUUGAGAAUUAAGUGUGAAAAAAGAAAAAACUUCUGUUGGGUCUAGGGGCUAAGAGGAUGUCCAGGUGGCAGGGGGUGUGGGGGGGGAGGGGCGCUGGGAGGACGCCCUCAUGUCAGUGCCUUACUGCCCUGUGGGCUCUCUGAGCUGAGUUGGCUGGCCCUUAUCUUACUGGAAUUAGGCUUGGUUCUUCCCUCUGCUUUACCAUCCACAUCCAAACGCUGACCAGGUCAGAUGCGUCUCCAUUCUGAAGAUCUCCCCUUCCUUGUCACCACUCAACUAUCAUUCAACUGAAUCACAACUUUUGUUGCUCUUCCAACCACAGUCCUCUGGUUAAAACCCUCUCUUGGCCUCCAUUCACUGUCAUGAUAGAGUCCAGACUCUUUUCCGUGGCUGGUAAGGAUCUCUGCUCUCCCACGUUCCUGCACUGAACUUCUAGUUCCUAAACUCGGCGCACCCUGCCUAGCCUCGGGGUCUCUGCACAUGUAGAUUCCCCCCUUUCCCUCUCUCCCUCCUGCUACUUGAGCUGAUUGAUGCCCUCUUGUUGUUCAUGUCUCCACUCAGACCGCUUCCUCCAAAGCUCCUGGUCUGGGUUGGUGCCCUUUCCCCAUAGUUGCCUCUUGGCACACUGGGCGACUUGUCUCUGCACUUGCCAUCCUGGUUUGCAACUGUUCGAGUCAAUGUAUCCAGACAUCUUCCAGAAACAGGAUAGCUCCAGAAGAGGGGAACCGCCUGCUGGGGGCAGUGCCAAUGACCAGAGGACCACAUGUCACCUCCUGCUUAUGCUCUCCCUUUGGGAUAUUGUGUUCCUAUAGUCUACAGGACUGAGAACUCUUGCAGUCCGAGGCAUGAUGGGGGGUGGGGUUUCUUUCAAAACUCAUUCCAGAACAAAUCCCAUCAGAACCUUUAAGAGCAUCCUUCAUACGCAGUGUCAUGAGGAGCCCUGGUCCAGGACUCUCUGUGUUUCCACGACCUUAUAUGUUAAUUCAGGAUAACCACCUUUAUGAAAUCGUACCAAAUGAAAUAAUGAGUGUAAAAGUACUCCAUUUAAUCCUCUGUGACCCCCCAAAAAAUUUUUUAAAACACACCAAACAUACAGAUAAGAAGAGUAUAGAUCAUAAAAAUAGCA